AUGACUCUGUCCUGUAUGACCUUGUGUUUGUCUGCAUUCACCGUUCUGGUUCUUGGGAUCUUUGUGAAGCACCAAGACACUCCCAUUGUGAAGGCCAAUAACCUCACUCUCAGCUACAUCCUGCUCAUCUCCCUCACCUUCUGUUUCCUCUAUUCCUUGCUCUUCAUUGGCCAUCCCAACUCAGUCACCUGCAUCCUGCAGCAAAUAACAUAUGGAGUUUCAUUCACUGUGGCUGUUUCCACUGUGUUGGCCAAGACAAUUACUGUGGUUUUGGCUUUCAAAGUCACUACUCCUGGAAGAAGGAUGAAGUGGCUCCUGGUAUCAGGGGCACCAACCUAUAUCAUCCCCAUCCGCAUCAUCAUCCAAAUUAUUCUCUGUGCAGUCUGGCUGGGAACAUCUCCUCCCUCUGUUGACAUUGAUGCACACUCUGAGCAUGGCCACAUCAUCAUUGUGUGCAACAAGGGCUCAGUAACUGCUUUCUACUCUGUCCUAGGAUACCUGGGCUCUCUGGCUCUGAGGAGCUUCACUGUGGCUUUCUUGGCCAGGAAUCUCCCUGACACAUUCAAUGAAGCCAAAUUCUUGACAUUCAGCAUGCUGUUGUUCUGCAGUGUCUGGGUUACUUUUCUCCCUGUCUACCAUAGCACCAAGGGCAAGGUCAUGGUGGCUGUGGAGGUCUUCUCCAUCUUAGCCUCCAGUGCUGGCUUGCUGGGAUGCGUCUUUGUCCCCAAGUGCUACGUCAUUUUGCUAAGACCAGAGAGAAAUUCUCUACAAAAAUUAAGGGAGCAAACAUUUUCCAGAACUCACAUUUCAUAA